AUGGCGGCGGCGGCGUUGGCGGGGGGGGGCGGCGGCGUUGGCGGCGGCUCGGCCGCGCUGGGCGACGGCGGCGCCAUCGACUACUCGGUGCACGAGGCGUGGAACGAGGCCACCAACGUCUACCUGCUCGUGGUGCUCGCCAGCCUCGCCCUCCUCGUCUACGCGCGGCGGAACAAGAGGAGGAUCAUGCGCAUAUUCACGCUGCCGCCCGCGGCGGGCACGCCGCCCGAGCCCAACUUCUACGACAGCGUGAAGAAGAUCCGCCUGCGGCAGCAGCUGGAGAUGUACUCCAUGGCAAGGAAGUAUGAGCAGCAGCAGCAGCAGCCGCCAAAGCAGACUGAAAGCAUACAGCUCUCAGUGGAAUGAAGUCCACCAUUAUGCAGGUGUCAUGAUGAGGAGCUUCUCAGAAGCAGAAGUGGAUGAUGAGUCGGGAUGAAGAGCUCAUACGUUUAAGAAGCUGGCUCAAGUUGCCCUUACAGGCAUGGAAGGUUUCUGAGACCAAGCCCUGUGAGAAGAACAUGAGUAAAGAAGAGGGAGAUGUAGACUUUCUAGAAGGGCUUGCAGGAUUGGAGAGGACGCUGUGCAGCCAUCACAUAGUUGCCUUCCUUGCUCAUUUACCUGUGCCCUUGGAUCGUAGCACCAUGUUUGCUGCCUCCUGCUUGGAAGUUGGAAAAUCCCCUCGCAUCUGUGUCCUUAGUGUAAUCAUGACCUCGAGCUUGUUUUCGGAAAAGCAUAAAUCACUAUAGUUUUCAUUUGUGCUUUAGAGAGCUGCUCCUUUGUACUCGAAAUCUUUUUUUGAAAACUUGAUUGAAUAUGGAGAAGAUCGGAUCAUGACAGUAACAAACCAGCCAGUCUGGGGCUUUCCUUGCACUUAAUAAUCAGUCUUUGCAUACAAAAAGUGUGAUAAGUACACAGAUUAAAAAAAAGAUCUAUCCCUCUGAUUUGAGUAACCUUUAAACUUAUUGUUUCUAUGCUAUUCUUAGACAGAUGUCGUGAUUGGUUAUAUUGUUCAGUUCAUUAUUUUCUGAAGUGGACUGUUGGUCCCAGAAGCAUUCCAGAGAGUUAACCUUUUCCUGGCAGAGCUGUGGGAUGUUGCUGGCGAUUACUCAGCUAACACGAGUAGGGAUUUGAGGGAGAGCUGCUGAAAAGGGCAGUUAUUUUGACCAUCUUGGCUGUUAUGUAGAGUAUCUUGGAGAAAAUUCUAGCCCCGUUAUGCAGCAGGUUGAGAUCUUGCAGACAGACUUAUUUGUAAGGAGCUGCUGAUACAGAAUUACUAAGACUUUGGUGUUUGUAUAUUGAGGGUUUACAAAUUGAAUGCAGUUUUGAGCAGUGUUCCUCAUUGGGGCAAAGAGCAUCCUUGCUUUUCAUAAGAAGUCUUAUCUGGUGUUUUGUGCUUAUUACAGGCUAGAGUUAUUUCUGCAUACUGACUGAAUAUUUGGUCUUUAAGAGUAUAUAAUUAGAUGGAAGAGGGCAAGCAGUUGUUAAAAGACUGUUUUUCUAAUGAAAAUAUUUUGAGAUCAUAUAAUUUUACUUUCUUCUGAAUAGAUGUGAUUAGUGUGUUGGAAAUGGUUUUAGAGUGGAUAUAAAGGAAGCAGUUGAGAGACGGUGGCUGAGAGUGUGUCCAGCUAUUUUUGUAGCUAACAUUUAUAUUUUAAUGCUGGAUUAUUUUUUUGAGUCUCUUUAGAUACUUUGAUACAAUAGAAGAGCUAAAUAAUUGGAUAAACUCUUUGCAUUUAGUUUAUAUAUAUUUUUAAAGUGGGCUCUAUUGU